CUCACACACACAAACACAUUGAGUAGAGAGAAAACAAAGAAAGGGCUCUGAGAAAAUGGACCACCUCCACCGACACAUCCUCCUAGUAACAUACCCAAGCCAAGGCCACAUCAACCCAUCCCUCCAAUUCGCCAAACGCCUUGUUAGAAUGGGCGUCAAGGUCACCUUGGCAACACCAUUCUCCGCCAUCAACCGCAUGACCAAAACCGCCACCACCCCUACUCCGUCACAAGGCCUAACCAUUACGGGCUUCUCCGACGGCUGCGAUGAUGGCUACAAACCCGGUCGCGAUGACCUUGCCCACUACAUGUCCGAGCAGCGUCGGCACGGUUCAGAAGCUGUCAAACAACUCAUCACAGCGACCGCAGACAGAGGCCAGCCUUUCACCCGUGUGGUCUACACCACCCUCCUCCCCUGGGUUGGCCGUGUCGCAACUAGCCUGAACUACCCAUCCACAUUUCUCUGGAUUCAACCCGUCACCAUUUUAGAUAUCUACUAUUAUUACUUCAAUGGUUAUGCUAAUUCCAUUAAACCCAAUUGUAAGAAUGAUCUCUCAUUGUCUAUUGAAUUGCCAGGAUUACCAAUUCUGUCUAGUCGUGACCUUCCCUCGUUCUUUCAUCCAUCAAACGAGCACGAUUUUGCGCUUCAGAUAUUCAAAGAUCAUUUAGAUGUACUUGAUCAGCAAACAAACCCGACAGUGCUGGUAAAUACUUUUGACACAUUGGAGUCGGAGGCACUACGGGCCAUUGAGAAGAUCAGGUUUAUUGCGGUGGGACCACUAAUUCCGUCAGCUUUCUUGGAUGGGAAGAAUCCUUCUGACACUUCUUUUGGCGGUGACCUGUUUCAAAAAUCAAGAGAUUAUAUUGAAUGGUUGGAUUCGAAGGCGGAUGGGUCUGUGGUUUAUGUAUCAUUUGGAAGCAUUUCUGAGCUUUCGAAGCAACAAUCGGAGGAGAUUGCAAAGGGAUUGCUAGAAAGCCAUCGACCAUUCCUGUGGGUGAUACGGCCAAACGAGAAUGGUGAGAAGAAAGACGAAGAUAAGUUAAGUUGCGAAGAGGAAUUGGAAAAACAAGGGAUGAUAGUGCCGUGGUGUUCUCAAGUGGAGGUUCUUUCGCAUCCGUCUUUGGGGUGUUUCGUGACUCAUUGUGGGUGGAAUUCUACGUUGGAGAGCUUGGUUUGCGGGAUUCCUGUGGUUGCUUUUCCACAGUGGACUGAUCAAUCGACGAAUGCAAAGCUUAUGGAAGAUGUUUGGAAGAUCGCAGUGAGGGUGACAGAAAAUGAAGAGGGAUUAGUAAAAGGGGGAGAGUUUGGAAGGUGUAUAGAGAUCGUGAUGGGAAGCAGAGAGGAAGGGGAAGAAAUGAGGAGGAAUGCUAAGAAAUGGAAGGGUUUGGCAAAGGAAGCUGCAAUGGAAGGUGGAUCAUCGGACUUGAAUCUCAAGGCUUUUCUCGGUGAAAUUUGAGAUAGUCAUUCAUGAGAAUGACGUAUUGUACUUUUUCUCCUUCUUUCGAACAGGAAUAAAAUGUAUGUCGGAAAGUCUGAGUCGUUUUUAUUUUUUUUUGUGUAUUUUGUUAUUAAAACU